CAAAUUUAAUCAUUUUUAGUUUUACUUUUAUUUUCAUUUAGUUAGACGACUGGUCUUGUGAAUAAAUGGGUCGGCCAACGGUCGAAUUGCAUCUGAGGAAAAACUAGAACCCCAGAGCGAGAGAGAGAAAAGAGCGAUGGCGAAAGGGAAAUCGUCAAACAGCAAAUCAAAGUGGAAGAGAAAACCGAAACAGACCGAAGCCCUAAUACCUGAACCACAUCAAGUAGAAGAAGGAGAGCAAGUCGACGGAAAGGGGAACACCGAAGAAGACGACAACAAUGGAAGAAAGAGAUUCUUUGCUUGUUAUCUCCUCACUUCCCUCUCCCCUCGUUCCAAAAACUUCACUUAUAUCGGAUUUACAGUAAAUCCGCGGCGUAGAAUCAGGCAGCACAAUGGGGAAAUCAAGUGUGGGGCGUUUAGGACAAAGGGGAAACGACCCUUGGCAAUGGUGUUCUGCAUCUAUGGCUUCCCAACUCAAGUCUCUGCUCUUCAGUUUGAGUGGGCGUGGCAGCAUCCAAGGGAAUCGAAAGCCGUAAGGGAGGCCGCGUUGAGUUUCAAAUCCUUCUCCGGAGUUGCUAAUAAAAUCAAACUUGCCUACACUAUGCUUGGCCUUCCUCCUUGGCAGAGAUUGAACCUGACUGUAAACUAUUUCUCAACGAAGUACGAAAAUUGUUCCCCUAGUUUGCCUAGUCUGCCGCUGCAUAUUAAGGUCCGAGUUUGCCCCAUGGAUGAACUCCCUUGCUACACUGGAACAUUUGAUGACGGCUUGCUUGAUGAUGGUGAGGAUGGAGGGGAGUAUGAUUUUGAUGAUGACAAUGUGUGCGAGAAUGUCAGUCACUUGAGUAGAAUUGCAGAGGAGAGUGUUGUUGAACGCGAGGAAGAUGGAAAAGAGCAGAGUUCAUUUCAAGGCAAAGAACGAUUGGGGAAUGGUGAAGAUGAUGAAGAAUCAGAUGACAGAAGUGAUAUGAGUGGAAAUGGGGUAAAAAACACCAGGGAUAAUGCAGUAGCUCAUCUCCUUCCCGUGGAUUGUGCAGGUAGCAUUGACAUUGGUUACAAAGAAAACUGGGGAUGGUACAAUGAAGAACCUAACUGGAGACACACAGGUUGUUCCCAUGACCCAGAACUAGAUAUUCAUAUGCAUAGUUUCGACUUCGAUGGUACACCCGGGAGAAGAAUUGCUCCUGUUCUUGGAGAGAUGGCAGAUGGGAAUGUGUUGGUAGUGAUAGAUGAUGGGAGUGAUUCGAAACUGGGAUCCUUGAAAAGGAAAGAAUCAAUAAGUAGAGCUGUUGCUGGCGAAGAUGCAGCACCAGCUAUCCGGAAUUGUGGUCGUAAAAUGGAGGUCAUAGAUUUGUUGUCCCCGUCUCCAGAAUGCGCAAUGUGGACAAUCAGCAAGAGGUCAAGAUUUUCUGGUGCUGUUUCUCCCAAAAUCAUUGACUUGACUUGACUUGACAUUAGCAAGUUCUCCUUUUUUUGUCCAACGAUUUGGUGUUGGAGUGAUAUAAUAAGCAAUUAGCAUAUUC